AUGCUCAGGACAGACCAGCUCAGCAAUGAAUGGAAGGACAGCCUACAACAUGCACAGCAGGAAGAUUCGGAUAUUAAGCCGAUUCUCGAAUGGAUGAAGGCCAGUGCUCCUAAGCCCAAGUGGAGCGACGUCUCAGCAAUGAGUUCGACCACGAAAAGCUAUUGGGCCCAAUGGGACAGCUUGCUGAUUCAGGAUGGAGUCCUGUGCCAUAAAUGGGAAACUGGUCGGGGAGACAGUUGUCAUUUGCAAAUGGUUGUCCCUAAGGCUAAAGUACCGGAUGUUCUACAGCUGUACCAUAGUGGUUGUUCAGGAGGCCACCUGGGAGUUAAACGAACUCUACUGAAAAUCCGAGAACGGUUUUACUGA